AUGGAAGACGACCGCCGUGUCGGAGAUCUUGUCCGGGAAUUAGUCCACCGUCUGCAUAACAAUUCUUCUUCUUCACUUUCAAACUCAAAACCUAACCCUAGCAAUGUCAAGUACGCCACUCGCAUUUUAUCCAGCCGAAUGACGCCAUCGAUCGCCGCCGACGAAGCCGCUAUGGCGUAUUCUAUCAAAAGCCAACUCGUUAAACAAGGUAAACUGUCUGAUGCCUUAUCGUUUGCAGAUCUCUAUUCUAAAUUCGCUUCUAAAAAUGGCCCUGGUAGUGUUAACAAUAAGUGGGCCGUCCUUUAUUUGCUCAAAGUCAUUUCCGAAGAUCGUAAAAGUAACCUUAAACUUCAAAGCGAUUCGAGCUUUUCUGGUGGACUCCCAACGUUAUUUGAGCCUGAAACUAAUGGACAUCUUGCUAGGGUUACAAAGGAUAGUUCUGGUUUUUCACGUUUAGGGAAAAAUCUAGAUGAUGAUGGGAACGAUGAUGCGGUUUCUAAUGAUAAUGUAAACGGUUUGCGUCAUAGUAAUUCAACAAAGUUCAACAAUGGUGGCGUUCUAUUGGUUUCAAAAGAUCCCGAGAAUCUGCGAGAUAUAGCGUAUAGGGAGUUUGCUGUGAUAGUGAAGGAAGAGAAUGAUGUUUCAGAGGAGGUUUUGGUGAGAGAUGUGUUGUAUGCUUGUCAAGGAAUCGAUGGGAAGUAUGUGAAAUUCAAUGAAACCAUUGAUGGAUAUGCAUUACUGGAUUCAAUUAGGGUUCCAAAGCCUACCAAAAUCAUGAUCCGUAAGCUCUGUGAGCUUGGCUGGUUGUUCAAAAAGGUAAAAGGCUACAUCUCAGAGAGUAUGUACAAGUUCCAAGAUGAAGAUGUUGGAACAGUAGCUCAAGCAUUCUGUGCAGCAUUACAAGAUGAGCUUUCUGAGUACUAUAAACUACUAGCUGUACUCCAAUCACAAUCAAUGAAUCCAAUCCCUUUAGUUUCAGACAACGCAACCUCAGGCAACUAUCUUUCUCUCAGAAGACUUUCAGUCUGGUUUGCAGAGCCAAUGGUGAAGAUGCGCCUAAUGGCUGUUCUUGUAGACAGCUGUAAAGCUCUCAAGGGUGGAGCCAUGGCUGGAGCAAUCCACAUGCACGCCCAACAUGGUGACCCUCUUCUCCAUGGUUUCAUGAAACGAUUACUUCGCAGAGUAUGUUCUCCUCUUUUCGAAAUGGUAAGAAGUUGGGUCUUAGAAGGUGAGCUUGAAGACAUCUUUUCUGAGUUCUUUGUUCUUGGACAAUCUGUAAAAGCAGAAUCUUUAUGGAGAGAAGGUUAUAAACUCCAUCCUGCAAUGCUUCCUUCUUUCAUCUCUCAAUCUCUCGCACGCCGCAUACUAAGAACAGGUAAAUCCAUCAACUUUCUUAGGGUUUGCUGUGAGGAUAGAACCUGGGCAGAUGCAGCAACACAAGCUGCAGCUGCUACAGGGACUACAACAAGAAGAGGAGGUCUAGGAUAUGGCGAAACAGAUGCACUAGAAUCUUUAGUCACAGAAGCAGCAAAAAGAAUCGAUAAACACUUAAUGGAUGUUGUUUACAACCGUUAUAGAUUCAAAGAACAUUGUCUUGCUAUCAAACGAUAUCUCUUAUUAGGUCAAGGUGAUUUUGUUCAGUACUUAAUGGACAUAGUGGGGCCCGAGCUUUCCGAGCCUGCUAACACUAUAAGCUCUUUCAAACUCUCCGGGCUUUUAGAAAGUGCAAUUAGGUCAUCAAACGCGCAAUAUGAUGACCCUGAUGUUUUAGAUAGAUUACGUGUGAAAAUGAUGCCACAUAGUAGUGGAGAUAGAGGGUGGGAUGUGUUUUCUUUGGAUUAUGAUGCGAGAAUUCCUUUAAAUACAGUAUUUACAGGCUCUAUAAUGGCAAAAUACCUUAGAAUUUUUAAUUUUUUAUGGAAGCUUAGAAGGGUGGAACACGCGCUUAUUGGUGCAUGGAAGACAAUGAAACCGAAUUUGAUUACUUCUCAUUUCUUCACGAAGCUACCGAAGGCUGUUAAGUUUCGGUUGAUUUUGACUUCAAGAAGGUGUCAAGUUUUGUGGAAUGAAAUGAAUCAUUUUCUUACUAAUUUGCAGUAUUAUAUAAUGUUUGAGGUGUUGGAGGUUUCAUGGGCUAAUUUUUCUGAUGAAAUGGAAGCAGCUAAAGAUCUUGAUGACCUUCUUGCAGCUCAUGAUAAGUAUCUUCAUUCGAUUGUUGAGAAGUCUCUUCUUGAUCGACUUUAUGAAGGAAUUUAUGAAUUUCAAGCAAGGACAAUGGAGGAUAAGAAGAUGGAGGGUGUGAAACAUUCUAGAAGCAAGAAGAACAUGGAUUCUGAUUCAUGGGAAAGUGAAGGGAGGAAAGCGAUAACACAACGUGCGGGUGAUUUUCUGAAAAACACAGGACAAGAUAUUGAUGGGGUUUCAAAGGAAUAUUCUUUGCUUUUCAAAGGGUUUCUUUCUCAAUUGCCUGUGCAACAACAUAUUGAUUUGAAGUUUCUCAUGUUUCGCCUUGACUUUACUGAGUUUUAUGGGUUCCACGUGGCAUAUGAUAUUAUGGGGGGCAGACAUGAUGUAACCUUUUUGUAUAUCAUUUCUUUUAGAUUGGAUUAGUUUGUGGGGACCACAGAAGGAGAAUGUGGGUGGAUUCAAGGUAUGUUGCUGAUGAUCUUUUAACUGUUGUGUAAUAUGGUUUUUUGUCAUUUGUGUUGGGUUGACUAAGAGUGAUGGGUGUUUUUUUUUUUUGGCCAAUUUUUGUCUU